AUGAAGUGGCGGAAUUUCCGUCAGUCAAAACCCGUCGGUGGUGGUGCCGAGCUCCACUCACCGCCACAGCGAACCACUGCGGAGGCCCCGGGUUGCCCAGAGGCCACCAGCCCCUGCCUUGCCAAUAACGGGAGCCCUCCUCACCUUAACCCCUCUAUUCCUUCCAAUGGUGAUCAUCUGAAGUGCGAGGUGCCGGAGGAUAACGGCGCCUCGACACCGGGAAGCGCCCUUGAAAGGCGACCUACAGGUGAGAAGGUGGACUCGUCGUCACCGGAAGCCAACAGACUUCUAUCGGCCUGGAUUCCGGCUAGCUCCAGCGGACCUGAUCCCAACCACUUUCACCUCGCAAAGGAACAGCUGUGUACCCGAGCACUCUGGGGUUAA